AUGGCUCAACAAAAGUGGAUAAACAUCGCGGGAGAAUUGCAUCAAACAGUGGGAGUUAUAAAAGAUUGGAAAGCAUGGAGGAAGACUUGGCAAUAUCUAUGCUCGAGGGCGAAGCAGAAAAAAUCGCGUAUCAACAAUUCUAAAAAUGAUACUGGGGGUGGCCCCACAGAAAUAUUAACGCCGUUCGAGAAAAAAAUUGUACAUCUUAUUGGUCAUACUGCAAUUGAAGGUCAUACGGAAGUUUUAGAGUCGGAGGUUAUUAACUUUCUCGAAAAUACCACAGCCGAGUUUAUCUACAUGGAAUUUGAUGCAAAUGAACCUAUGCCAAGCCUUCGUGAUCCAUCUCCUGUUGGGGUUGUAAACCAGCCGCCAAUACCCACCAUGCAGCCCGCGAACAGCGAUCACUCCGUCCACGAAACACCCACUAGCCGCAAGUCAUAUUUAGGCAAAAGGAAAAAUAACAACGAAAACAUCCCAACAAAACAACCGACGUAG